GCUCUGGUCUUUGCAGGCCAAAACCAGAGUAUUCUCUUUCAUCUCUAGCUUAUGUGAAUGAAGGUACGAGUUUUCUGCUUUCGUCUGUCUCCGCCAUGAGCACCAGCAAGCAGAUUCUACCGAGUCUGCCAAUCCAGAUUUCCUUUGUGUCUGGCCGUUAUCUGCUCUUUUCUAUCGAUGCAGUUACAUAUCUACGACGUGAACACAAUAUCUGUGGCGUCCUCAUUGGCACUCUUCCCCAAAUCCCACAGCAGAAUGUGUUCCUCGGUCUCCCCCUCGAGUUGAUGCCCGAAGAGGCAAGGCUCUUGGUUGACAAGGGAGUCGCUUGCAUCGUGGAUGAAAAGAAGGCGCACAAUGAUGGGAUGAAAGCGCUCAUGCAAGAAGAUAGAAGGCGCUAUCUGCAGGACUUGGAACACGAAGGACUCCAGGCUUCACGUAUACAAGCAGAGAAAAAGGAGCUGCAGAGAGGAGAAGCCCUGAAGAACCUUGAAAAGAAAAAAAGCGCGAAGGUGAAAGUUACUGACACCGAAACUGCUACUAAAGACCCGGCCGUAGCAGAAGAUGAUGUGGAUACAGAGCUCUUUCGUCCAGAUCAACGACCCGGGAGUGCUUUGGCGUCAUCACGCGCAUCUAUCAUUCCGGAUACACCGUUUGGCAUUACCCCAGCAACAUCCUAUCCACCUCUUCAAAGCCAAGCGCAGCCUGGAUUACUGCUGCCCAAACCAGAUGUGCCAGCAUCUUAUCCGUUAUACGCGCAUCUCCACUCGAAAGGAUAUUUUCUUGCACCCGGUCUGCGCUUUGGUUGUCAAUAUCUAGCCUACCCUGGUGACUCGCUAAGGUUCCAUUCUCACUUCCUAGUUGUCGCGGCUGACUGGGAGGAGGAAAUUGAUCUAAUGGACAUCAUUGUCGGCGGGCGUAUGGGAACUGGAGUAAAGAAAGGCUUUCUGAUCGGAGGGGCUGAAAAGACGCUCCCCACAUCGGAAUCUGACACUAAUGACAGCGUACGCACAUUUAGCAUUGAGUGGGCUGGAAUGUGAGCGAUUGCUAGAUCUGCUUUCUACUCACGAAGGCGGUGCUCUAAGCUGUGCCUGUCUGCAGCUCUUAUUUUCUCCGUAACAGGAGUAUCUGAUGCAGUCGUACAACACUUCCGUGUAUACGGAGUCCAGUUGUCUGGCAUAGCAUAAUAUGCAACGGAUCCACGGACAGAA